UAGUCAGAAUAUUAAUUAUUAGAAUUUAGCAGCUGUCAAUGCUUAAGUGCUAUACACACUACACAGUAAUAAACCACAGGAAUAAAUUAUUAUUAAUUAUAUUUGAUUAGAAUUUACCAUACUUUGAUUACGAUUUAUGGAUAAAAGUUUUGUAUAAAAACUGAUAAAAUUAAAGACGACGUAUGUUUUGAUCGAACUAUUUAGUUGCCAAGUUAUACGUAUGUAUCUACGAUAUUAAAACUUGAAUUUAAAUUAUUAAUAAUUAUAAGUAACAGGUAAUUUACUUUAACAUUUGAAAAUUUAUAAUUUGUGUAGUAACUGUAAUAGUAAAAUGAGUUUUCAUAGUAAAAUAGUAUUGAUUACCGGUGCCAGUUCAGGAAUUGGUGCAGCAACUGCAAUACACUUUUCCAAAUUGGGAGCAAAACUAGCACUUACAGGACGCAAUCUUAUCAACCUACAGAAGGUAGCCGAUCAAUGCGAAAAAAGUUGUUCACUUAAACCACUUGUGGUUACUGGUGAUCUGACAAAUGAAGAUGAUACUAAAAGAAUUUUGGAUUCUACUAUUUCUCAUUAUAACCAACUGGACAUUUUAGUUAAUAAUGCAGGCAUUUUAGAAAACGGAUCUAUUGAGUCUACAUCUCUUGAUCAGUAUGAUCGGGUAAUGAACGCUAAUGUGAGAUCCAUUUAUCAUUUGACCAUGUUGGCUGUUCCACAUUUAGUAAAGACUAAAGGUAAUAUAGUUAACGUAUCUAGUGUAAACGGAACCAGAUCGUUUCCUAAUGUAUUGGCAUACUGUAUGUCAAAAUCAGCGGUGGAUCAAUUUACAAGAUGUGUGGCAUUGGAAUUGGCACCAAAAGGAGUUCGAGUCAAUAGUGUUAAUCCAGGAGUUGUAGUUACAAAUCUUUUAACAAGACAAGGAAUGAGUCAAGAAGACUAUUCACAAUUUUUAGAAAAAACCAAGUUCACUCAUGCGUUAGGAAGACCGGGUACUGUCGAAGAAGUUGCUAAAGCAAUUGCAUUUUUAGCUAGUGAUGAUGCUAGUUUUACAACAGGUGAUUCAGUUUUUAUUGAUGGAGGAAGACACGCUAUGUGCCCAAGAUAAAAUAUUUAAAUAAUAAUUUUUAUUUGUUUGUAUAAUUAUAUAUCAAAAUAUGUCUCACAUGAAUAUAAUAAAAUAUACAUUUUUAUUGUUGUAAUAA